UUAAAAAAUAUAAUAUAUAUAAAGUUUUUUUUUUCAAGGGUUUGAAUUCCAAUGGCCAGCGUCAAAGGAACCAACGGCGUGACCCGUUCCAAGAGACGCUCCUUGGAGGACCGCCUGGAGCGCAGUUACCGCCAGAAGGUGAAGAUUAUUCGCGGCCUGGCCGUCCGGCGGGCGAGCGCCAAGGAUCUCGACCUGUGCGCCAAGUGGAUGUACGUCUUCAGUCGCGCCACCAAAGAGGAGGGCAGGGCCAGGGACUACCUCCUGGAGCAGAUGCUGCGUCAGCUAAGGGAAUCGGGGCACCUGUCGCUGCCUUUCACCAACCUGGCUAACUGCAAACUGGAGCUGCGCCUGCUCCUGGACGAGGAGGGACGUCAGCGGUUGCGUCGCUGCAGCCCGCCGCAGGUGGUGGCCCCAAAACCCUCGAGCAGCAGCCUGGCCAGAAGAAGGAUCAUAACGGGUCCGUUUGAAUGGCGAAGGAGGGUGCAGCACCUGGACCAUCUGGAAAAUCAGUACUGGCGCGAGGAGCAGGAGGUGUGGAACCUCGAGGAAUGUCCCGGGCCAAGACCGCCGCCCACACUGGCCAAACCAAGGAAACUGGCCAAGACCGUUGGCAUUCAGGUUGAUGUUCAAGUGCUCUCGCCGCGGGCUGAACGGGAUCUCUGCGAGCGCGAGCGCAAACAGCGAGAGAUCCUGAGGCGGCGGGAACGGGAUCGCGUGGAGCGGCAGCUCAGGGAGCAGGAGCGGGAGCGGCAAAGGACUCUGCUGGCCGAGCAGCAGAAGCUGGACCGCCAGCGCCUGGAGAAGGCGCGUCAGCAGCGCGACCGGCGGUUGCGGGAGCAGCAGCUGAAGGUCAAGGAGCGACGCGACUACGAGCGCUACCUGCUGCUCAAAAAGCGUGAGGAGCAACGCCUCCAGGAUCAGCGCUCGUGGGCUCAGCGGCGUCCUAGCACGCCUUCGUCAGAGGAUGAAGAGAUGGCGCAGAAAGCCGGCCAGGACCUCCAACAGGAACCCAUUGAGGAACCCAUAACCGAAAUCGGGCACAGGUCCGAAUCGGCAAUGACGUUGCCAGCCGACUCAGAAGCUACCAAAAGUUCCAGACGUGACGAGCAGCUGCAUCUUCGGGCGGAAAACAUAAAACUCAAGGUGUUGGCCUAUGAGCAGCUAAAGGAAUACCAUCGAAAGAGGGCAUGGGCCGAGCGGGAGCGACAGCUCAGGAAGCGGGAGUUGAUGGAGCAAGGCAUGGAUAUCAAAAAUCCCGAAGAAUCCGAGAAUGUGGAGACAAAAGAGAAAGAAGGCCAAGAAAGCAGAGAGUUUGUACAAAAAGAUUUGGCUAAGAAAGUACACAGAGAUGGAAGGGAAGAGAUCGAAAGAACUAAGGAACUGGACCACAAAAGACUCGAAGAACACCAGGAAAGAGAAGACUUUAAACGAAAGGAUUUAGAAAAAAAGAAAAUUGAUCGAAUGGAAAGGAAAAACUUUGAAAGAAAAAGGCAACAGGAUAAAAAAUGCCUUAAAGAAAGCAUAGCGAGGGCAGAUUCCGAUCAAAAGGAAGACUUCGAAGAAAAGGAAAUCAAAAUCGACAUGAAACGCCAGAAGGGGGACGAGUUUGGACCAAAAGAACUGAAAUUAGAAACCGAUCAAAAGGAAAGAGAAGAAAGAAAGCGGGAACUGGAGCUUCGAGCUCUUAAAGAACGACGGGAAAGGGAAGAGUUUGAACGAAAAGUUAUGGAAAGACUGGAAACUGAACGAAAAAAACGGGAAGACUUUGAACAAAAGAGGCAACAGGAGCUCACAAGUCUAAAGGAACGCCAGGAAAGAGAAGAGUUUGAAAGAAAAGAACUGGAAAAAAGGCUUGAAAAAGAUCGAAAAGAAAAGGAAGACUUGGAAAGAAAGCGAGAGCAGGAUCUUAAAAGUCUUAGGGAACUGCGAGAAAGAGAAGAGUUUGAAAGAAAAGUUUUGGAAAAACUAGAAAACGAGCGAAAAGAAAGAGAAGACUUUGAAAGAAAGACAUGUGAGGAACGUGAGCGGGAAGAAAGAACAAUUGAGGAGCUUAAAGCUACCCUCGUUGAGGUACAGGAACGGGAAAUAAAGCGUGCCGAGGAACGGGAGAGAAUAGCUCGAGAAAAACGGGAACUCGAAAAACGAGAGCAAGCCGAGUGCGAAAGGAUGGCUAAAGAAGAAGAGCUUCUUAGGGAAAGUCGACUUUUGGAAAAGCUUAAGCGGAAAAAAAUCGAAAGGGAGGAGUUGGAUAGAAAAGCCAGAGAAGAAGAUCUCAAGAGGGAACAGAUUCUUAGAAAAUGGCUUGAAAUGCAGGAGGAAGAAGAAAAGAGGGAAGCAAAAGAACGGGAAGAGCAGCAGAAAAGGUUACUUGAAGAAUGUGAGAGAAAAAUCCAAGGGCGCAUUGCUAUGGAAGAUAAAGCUUCUGAGCAAAAAAAAAGAGCGGAUGCUGAGAGAAAGGUCAGAGACGAACGUGAUCGAUUGAAAAGAGAGAUACUCAUAAAGGAUCAGCAAGAGCAGGAAAGGUCCAAGCUAAAGGAAGAGCGCUUGCGCAAAAUCAAAGAGGACAAGUUGCUCAUGGAAAUAGAGGAAGAAAAGCACCUUAGAGAUAAGCUCAGUAGAGAGGAAAAGGACUGGGAUCAAAGAAUAGAGCAGCUAAGGCUGAGUAGGGAAAAGGGAAUACAGCUAGAAAGUGAAACGAGAGAGGUAGCUAGAAAACUAAAGAGUCACCUGGAAAGACGACUUGAUCUUAACCAAGAUGAAGAGAUGCGACAAAACAUGUCGGAAGAUUUGAGGGUCACAAAAUCUCGAUCUCAAGUAAUAUCAGACAAAGAUAUAGACCCAAAAAACAUUGUUAGUAAGGAAAAAUCAACAAGCCAGACCCAGAAUAUGUUUUUCGAGAAUCCUCCGGGAGACAUUAAGAAACCGGGUUCACACAGCAAGGAUGUCCUUAACCGAUUAAAUAAGCUGGAAGAGAAGAAUAGCAGGUUAAACGAUGAGGUCCAGGUGCCCGAGGAGCUGCGCUUGGAAGCAGGGAAACUGUCUGAACAGAAUGUUUUGACCAGACCUCCUCAGACAACGUUUUCAAUGAAGGUCCAGAGAAAUAAAGGACACAGCGUGAGGGCUGAACCAAAGCCAAAGUAUGUAGGCGACGAAGUUUGGUCCCAUCAGAAACGCAGAACCCAAAAACCAAGACCCAGUUCCAGUCAUGAGUACUUUGAGCCAGGAUCCUUGAAGUCUCGCAGCGAACGUUGGGCUCGGUUCAUGGGCAGUGAAGAAAAAUCCGACGCAGAAGAUCUUCCAAGCCAGGGACGUCAUCCCGGCAGUUCCUCCAGCGCAGAAAACAACACGAUUCCGGAACCUCGUUACUCUCUGGUGGGAAGGUACUGUCCACGAAAAAAAACCUAUGCGGUGGAGCAGCAGAAUGUUCCUCCGACCCCAUAUGGAAACCCCGAGCAGCAAGAAGCUUAUGGCUCCUACGUUCGAAACCGUGUGGCCGAGUGGCGGAAAAUGCUUGGACCAAGAUCAUAUUCCGCUGACGAGGAAGAAUUUGAGGAGCGACAAAGAGGUGGAGGAAUAGCAGGUGACGUGGGCUUGAGUUACUGCACUCGGACUGGCAAGAAGCGAUAUCCCCAGAUCAAGCAACCCGAGACUGGCAGAGAUCAAUUUGGACUAAAGGAAAACCGCGUCCAGCAAAUAAGGGUAUUUAGACAGCUUCUAACGCAAGCUCGGACAUCCGAUUACCAUCCGGACAUAUUGGAUGCCGAAAAUGGCCUUUUAGAGAAGAAAUUGGCAGAGGCCAAAGUCAAUGCCACGAACCAUUAUGUUAAGGAAUCAAUUCUGUUAGUAGCAAGACGUCUAAUCAGUAUUUGCCAAAGAGAUGAAGAUUACGCAAGUUCCGAAGAUGAGACUGAUUCUCAGGGAGAUGAAGUCCUCGCGCAGAUCUAUCUACAGGAGAUCCAGAGCAAGAUGAAGCUUCCCAGGCCAAUCUUCAAAACUUUAAUGGAAGUUUUGCUUUUAUAUAACGAACCUAUUAUGCCCCACUUCGUAGAGAAAAUUUGCAAUUUGGAUACCGAGCUAGAGGUGCAUCUGAAAAAGAUUUGCAAUCGCGUCUUCGCUCGACAAGGUGCGAAGAUCCUUCGACGUAAUGCGGAACAGUUGGUGGAUCAAAUGCGGCACGAGCAAAGCUGCCAACUGGCUAAAUUGUGCCGGGAUUCCGAGGAGCAGACACUGCGGCAGUGGAGACGGCUGUCCAGAAACUCUCUGUCCGGGAUCAGGAGCCUCUUCGACGAUUAUUGCGACAUGCGCGACGCUCUCCCACGUGUAACCCUUCAGACCAUCGAGCGACUUUACGGUGAAUGGAAGGAUCAGAGGUUUUCUUGUCGAUUAUAAACGAUGCAUUGAUAUUCUCCGGUUUUAUUUUCACAAUCUUUCAUUUUACUUUUUUAACCUUUAAUUGUUUACCAAGUUGGAGUUCUUGUUAAAUUUAAUGAUAUCCUAUUUCCCCGGUUUUUUGAAGAAUUAAUAUUGGCACAUG